AUGGCGCGGCAUUCGGCUGUUAUGAACGAGAUUGAAGCAAGUAAUGACGCACUAACAAUGGCUGGAACGCGAGGAAAGGAAGCGGCCAGAUCGGUAGCAAGCUUGGUCCAAGAGUUUAAUAGCUAUGAGGCAGCCAGCAAGCCGUCGGAACAACAAGAUGGAAGCACUCAGGUCUGGAAUGACAAUGCAGCUUACAGUGAGGAGGAUCGUAUGGUAAUGGAGGAUGGUGAAGAUAACUAUGAGAUGAUGGCGGCUGCGCAAGCCUUGUUUAAUGAAGAAGACGACCUUAUAGGCUAUGACCCAAAUGCCCUUAGUGUGCAGACCUUAUUCAAGUCGGACCAGGCUAUCCAUGUCAAAGUGACGAAUUCUGAGAUCCCAAUCCCUUUCGUCCUGUCUUGUAUUUAUGCUAGGAAUGAGGAGGUGGACCAAGCUAGAUUAUGGGAUUCCCUCACUGCUAUUGGGGUAUCAACUUCUGCAAACCCUUGGCUACUUUGGGGGGAUUUCAAUGUAUGCCGUAAUUGUUCUGAGAUGAGGGGUAGCAACACCUCUUUCUCCCUAGGUAUGCGUAGGUUUAACGAUUUUCUUUCUUCUGCCUCGCUUCAUGAUUUGGCUUAUAGUGGCCCUAAGUUGACGUGGACCAAUAAGAGGUUUGGCGAAGAGUGUAUUCUUAGGAAGCUUGAUUGGCUUGCCCAUUACCCGGAUAGCAAUACUCUCUUUCUUCAACUAGGGAUCUCUGACCACAGCCCUGUUGUGGUGGCUUUGUUAGGAGAUCUUCAGCAUAAGGACAGCCCUUUUAGAUUCCUUAACCAUCUUGUUGAUCACCCUCUCUUCUUGGAUAAAGUGGAAGCUAGUUGGAUUAGGCUAAUCCCUGGAGUUCCCAUGUUUCAGGUUGUUCAAAAGCUCAAAGCAAUCAAGAAUGCUAUGAAGACUCUUAAUUGGUCUAGGGGCCAUGUUUCUGACCUGGAGCUUGAGUUGAAUAGAGACCUUUUAGUGGCCCUUGCGCAAGAGUCAGACCACUUUCACCUUCGUGCUCGGAUUAGGUGGUCAGUUGAGGGAGAUAGAUGCUCCCGUUUCUUCUUCCAAUCCAUGCUUGCUAGGCGUAAUAAUCAUCGUAUUAUGAACCUCCUGAGAGAUGAUGGCACCCUCACAGAUUCCAAAGAUGAGGUUGCGAACGUUUUGGUGUCCUACUUCCAUAAUCUCUAUGGGCAAAGGUCUCGGAGCUCUCCCCUUAACCCUUCUGAUGUGGCCCCCUUCAUUGACAAACAUUUGGAGCAAAACCAAGGGGCUAGGCUUAUUGCUAAAGUUUCAGAUGAGGAGGUUAAGGCUGCCCUCUUCAGUAUGGGCGAUGAUAAAGCCCCAGGGCCGGAUGGUUUCACAGCCAAGUUUUUCAAGAAGUCUUGGGAGAUUGUGGGUGCGAAUGUGGUGAAGGCUAUUCAAAGCUUUUUUGCCUCAGGUCGCCUCUUGAGCCAGGUCAACGCAACCAUUAUUAGUCUCAUUCCCAAGGUGCCUCACCCUGAGACGCCAUCCCAAUUUAGGCCCAUUUCUUGUUGUAAUGUCUUAUAUAAAGUCAUUACCAAAAUCCUUGCUAACAGGAUUAAGACUGUGCUCUCUAGUUUGGUGGAUGUAUCUCAAGCGGCCUUUGUGCCUGGGCGUUCGAUUGGGGAUAAUGUUCUGCUCGCCCAAGAGUUGGUUUUUCAAUACCAUCUUCACCAAGGGCCCCCCCGUUGUGCUAUGAAAGUCAAUCUAGCUAAGGCUUAUGAUACUGUUGAGUGGGAUUUCCUCCUGAUGACCCUUCAGGUGAUGAACUUCCCUUCUCAAUUCUGUGGCUGGAUUCGAGAGUGCAUCACGACCCCCCGCUAUUCGGUUAAGAUCAAUGGUCAGUUAAAUGGUUUCUUCCCUGGGGGAAGAGGGCUGAGGCAAGGGGAUCCCCUAUCCCCUUACCUCUUUGUUCUAGUUAUGCAAGUCCUGCAAGGUAUUAUCCACUACUCGAGGGCUUCAGAUUUUCAAUACCACUGGAAAUGUGAGCAGACUAGUCUGGUGAUGCUCAUGUUUGCAGACGAUUUGCUCAUGUUCUCUCACGGUGACCCAUCCUCAGUCAGCAUCUUGAAGUCAUGCUUGGAGCGUUUUUCCUCUUUGUCGGGCCUAGUUGCCAAUCCUUCCAAGAGUGAUUGUUUUGUCUCUUGCAAGGACCCAUCCCUUCAGGAAGCUAUUUAUAAUGCCUAUGGGUUUCGUAGAGGGAGGCUGCCUAUACGAUAUUUGGGGGUUCCUCUACUUUCCUCUAAGCUCUCCUAUGGAGACUUUUUUAUCCUCCCGAAGAAGGUGAUUAGUGAAAUUGAGCAACUUAUUUGUAACUUCCUCUGGAGUGGUAAUGAGACGGACCCCCAUAAAGCAAAAGUUGCUUGGCGUGACAUUUGCUGCCGAAAGAGGCAAGGUGGCCUUGGCCUCAAGCCUCUCUAUGUGUGGAAUCAAUCCUUGGUAGCCAAGCUUAUGUGGCGCCUGCUGAUUGAGGAUAGAGAAUCCUUAUGGGUGCAGUGGGUGCACUCUUAUCGGGUUAAAGAGGAAGCUACUCUUAUUACGGGGAAUCCUGAAGCCUUUUUUGGGCAAAGGAUAGGGGAUGGUUGUAGCACGUUCUUUUGGUAUGAUCAGUGGCACCCGUUGGGUGUGCUUAUUGAUCGCUUCCCUCACCAGUUACCUCAUCAAUUAGGCAUCCCUAUCUUAGCUAAGGUUUCGAAUUUUAUUGAGGAUGGUGCCUGGUCUCGGAUGGAGACCCUUAGUUCUAUAUCCCCUGAUUUCUGUGGGAGCCACCUUCCUAGGCUGCCUAACCCUGGCCGUCAUGAUGAGCCUUAUUGGCUUCCAGCCACAAAUGGGCUCUUCUCAGUUAGGACUGCCUUCCGGGCGAUUCAAACUCAACGCUCUCAGGUCAUCUCUUCAGAGUCAUGCCCUUCGUCACGUUUGGAGGCUUCCAAGAGACUAGACCUCUCUUCCCCCUUGAGUUGCUUUGCUUUGGAGGCAGAUCGCUGCGUCUUUGGCGCCUCAUCUAUGGUGCCAACCCUCGUGUGCUUUUGCUUCUUCCAUGCCCUGCUCAUCUGGAGGGUAAUUGUUGAUGUGUUGUUGCCUCUGGUUCUUUGGUGGUCCAGGGUAUGCCCUGACCUUGGUCAAGGGGGCAAUGCAGCAGAACAUCUUUAUGAGGGACAGAGGCGUGAUCCAAAAGUGGAGUUAGAGAAACUAACAAACUGGGAAUCUGGGCUUCAGACCCAUGAGCAGGACAUGGAAAUUGGUUACGAGGACAAACCUUCAACACUGACUCAUGAAGGUCUUGAGCGAAGGUUCCUUGAUGAAAUUAUGAAAUUAUCAAAGGAACUUUGUGAUGCAGAGGAGCAAGAAAAUGCUAGGCACAGAGAGAUUAGUCUAUAUAGUGAAACGAUUACCAUUUUAUGCUGA